AAAGAAGAGUUCAUAAACCAAAUUAAACCAUGUCAAGUUCUCAACUCUGUAGCUUACCGGCCCACGUGUAUUUGUUGCAAUCUUUGCAGGUAACUCUCAUGCACAUCUUGGAAAAGUGGGAGGGACGAGGAAAGUGGAGUGCGGACCUUCGCCAAAUACUGGAUUUGUCAGGUGACUGCCUUUUUUUCAUUUUUUGCUUCAAGCCGUGAACUUUUUGUGCCAGUCCUGCCAGCACGCAUUCAAUUCUUCCUCCAACAUGGGUCGUCAUUGCCAGCUUGUUAUGGGUCCUGCGGGAAGUGGCAAGUCCACGUUCUGCGCUACCAUGAUGUCUCACUGUCAAGCAACCAACCGUAAAGUCCAUCUCGUUAAUUUGGAUCCUGCUGCGGAACAUUUUGAAUAUGAACCCACAGUCGACAUCCGAGAUUUGAUUACGUUAGAGGAUGUUAUGGAGGAACUUGAUUAUGGACCAAAUGGUGGAUUGAUCUAUUGUCUCGAGUUUCUUCUCAACAACCUUGAUUGGCUCGAAGAAGAACUUGGAGACUAUGAGGACGACUACCUAAUUUUUGAUUGCCCAGGACAAAUCGAACUAUAUACACAUUUCCCCAUCAUGCGACGCAUAUGCGAAUGUUUACAGCGGUGGAAUUUCGCCGUGUGCGGAGUCUAUUGCUUAGAAUCCCAAUUUAUAGAAGACAAGAGCAAAUAUUUUUCUGGCGUGCUCAGCGCUAUGUCGGCCAUGGUCAACCUUGAAAUCCCCCAUAUCAAUGUCAUGACGAAGAUGGAUCUGGUGGAAGGUGACUAUGGUAAUCAGCCAGCAGAAGAAGAGGGUGAAGGUGAUAACAAAAGCAAUCGAAAAAAGCGAGCAGGACGAAACGCACGAACAAAGACAAAGAAAGAGCUGGAGCGAUACUUUGACCCUGACCCGCUUUUAUUAAUUGACGAUGUCAACAGCAACACAAGUCCACGGUUUCACGCGCUUAAUCAAGCGAUCGUACAACUGAUUGAAGAUUACAGUAUGGUCAGCUUCAUACCAUUGAAUAUACGAGACGAAGAUUCCAUCAACUAUGUGCUGUCUAAUAUUGAUAACGCUAUACAAUACGGUGAAGAUAUUGAACCCAAGGAACCUGAAGCCAUGGCAGAGUAUGAUGAAGAGUAGACAUUCCAAUAAAAAAUACUUUUUCCUUUCCAUUGCAGGCAGGCAGCCCUUGCGUUUUAAUACUAGUUUAAUCGGCGGGGAAUAGCUAGGCUUCAGCAUUAUACAUGAACAAAGGGUUUUCAUUGGACGCCGUCCUGAUUCAAGUUACGCUAUGAUUUUUGCUUUGGUGGGACAGCAACAAAGCUUUUCCCUUCAUCCCUCUUGUAAAUACAAACCCACAUUGGCUCCCAUGACAGCUGUGAUGCAAAACAAUUCAUCACUCACCAUCACGGAUGACGAGGAUGAUGUGGCCCUGGCCGCUUUCUUGGCGCCAAACUGGGGUCGCUUUGAUCAGGACCAACUGGUGAGUUUAUCAAGGCCGUCCAUGAGAAAUACAGCGGUUUAGAAACACCCAGUGUUAUCAAACAUCGUCAUUCUUGUAUUCAAAU